GCCCCCACCUCCCCGCCCUUCCCCCCCGGUCCCCAGGAACCAGUAGGGCAGACAGAGCAAAGGGAAGCGGCGGCGGGCGUCGGGGAAGGGGUGGGACACCGCUGGGCUGGGGUCAGGGGUCCCGGGGCGAGGCUCAUUCUCCCCCCUCCCCGCCCUGGGGCAGUGCAAUUACCCUAAUUGCCCCGGCUGCCCCCCCCCUCCGCCCCCCCGCCCCCCCCCGGCAGCACCGUGUGGGCAGAGCCGAAAGGUGCUUAGGGCCAAGCGGGGUCAAGCGGGGCCGCGGGUGCUAAUCCCCGCACCCGUGGGUGCUCAGCCGGCCGGGGGUGGGCAGGACGCCGGGGUCCCCCGCCUGCACCCCAAUGGGCACCUGCACCCCUCCCACCUCUCUGUCCCGGCAUCACGUCCUGCCCGCCGGCCCCGCAGUGGUGCCCCAGAGAUGGUCCCCAAGCCCUGGCUGCCCCAGCACCCCCAGUCCCCCAAGUUCCCUGUACCCUGGGGCCAGGCAUUGCGCCCCCCCCGGCCCGGCACCAGGAGCUGGGGCAACAGAUGGUCCCUCCACUACUUGUGGACAGGAUUGCCGUGGGGCAUUGCCAUGGCUGGGGGGGCAAUCCAUGGCCGUGAGGCACAGCCUGGCCAUGGGGCACGACAUUGUCUGAUGGCGAGGGCCAGGCCGUAGCGUGUCGCCGGUGGUGAGGAUGCUGGCAGGGCGGUGGCGGCUGGAGGGGCGGCGGUGGCGGCGCGCUGAGCCGGCCGUGGUGCUCCGCGCCCUCUACAACUACACGUACCGUGCCGAGGACGGGCGGCACGUGGCCAUGGCUGCUGGCGAGCAGUUCCUGCUGCUCCACAAAGCCAACGAGGACUGGUGGCAGGUGAGACGGGCCAGCGAGCCCCGCUGGGCUCGGCCCUUCUUUGUCCCUGCUACCUACGUGGCUGAGCUGGACCCUGGUGACAGCGGGAGACGGAACACGCUGCCCCCCAGCCAGCCUGCAGGGUCGGGCCUGCCACCACAGUACCGCUCACUGGAGGACCUGCGUGUCCCCCCCCCGGCCCGGCCCCAGGAGGCCACGCUGGCCCCCACCCGCUGCACCAGCACCAGCCAGCUGGCAGAGGGGGCCCUGCCCGCGCCCCCCCUGGCCCUGCCGCGGUGCCAGUCCCAGCAGGAGCUGGGCACUGGGGUCCCCCCCCUGGGAUCCGCCAUGAUCUACUGCAACCUUGAGGAGCUGCAGAGGGUGGGGGGCCAGGCCGACCCCCCCGUGCCAGCCGGCCCCCCCCUCCAGGUUUUGGGGGCCUGGGAGCGUCACCUGGACCCCAACACCGGCCGUUGCUUCUUCUACAACCCCCAAACUGGCGCGGCCUCCUGGAAGCCCCCCCGGCGGCACCGGGAGGCGGGCCUGCCCCCCCCCGCCGAGCCCCCCAGGACUACGGCACGCUGGAGCUCCAGGGAUGCCGGGGUCCCCGGUGGCACCGUGACCCACGGCCAGACCCUUGCCCAGCACAGCUUGGAGGAGCGGCCAGCUGCCCCCCCAGCUGCCCCCCCAUCCUGCACCCCCGCCCUCCCCACCGUGAGUUACCCCAGGGCCAGGGAGGGCCGGGGGGGUGGCGCGGGGUGGGUGGGGGCAGUGCUGACCCUGUCCCCGCAGGAGGUGCAGAAGGCCGGGCAGCUCAACAGGACCAAGAUCGCUGAGGGGGGCAGGAAGCUCAGGAAGAGCUGGGGGGUCUCCUGGGUGGUUCUGGCCGGGAACAGCCUCAUCUUCUACAAGGAACCCAAGGGACCGGCACCCACUGCCUGGUGCCCUGCCAGCAGCCGCCCUGAGAGCAGCGUGGACUUGCGGGGGGCUGCCCUGGAUUGGGCCCGCGACCUCUCCAGCAAGAAGAACGUCCUCCACCUCCGCACUGUGACAGGCAAUGAGUUCCUGCUGCAGUCGGACCAAGAGGCCACCAUCCAGGAGUGGGCCCGGGCCAUCCGGGGGGUCAUCCACCGGCUGGAUCUGGAGAACCCCAUGGACAUGCCUGCGGGGUGGCUGCGCCGGGGGGACAUUGGGGACCUGGCGGAGCUCAGCGGGGACGAGGACGAGCUGCUGCGGGUCACUGAGGGAGCCGGGGCUCCAGGUGCCCCCCACACCCCCGACGCCUCGGAGAAGAAGCGGGUGAAGAGCAAGCUGAGGCGCUUCAUCGUCAAGCGGCCCCCGCUCCAGAGCCUGCAGGAGAAGGGGCUCAUCCGAGACCAGGUUUUCGGGUGCCGCCUGGAUGCCCUGUGCCAGCGGGAGAGCACCACUGUGCCCCGCUUCGUCCGGCUCUGUGUGGAGGCUGUCGAGGAGAGAGGCCUUGACGUUGAUGGGAUCUACCGGGUCAACGGGAACCUGUCUGUGAUCCAGAAGCUGCGUUUUGCCGUGGACCGGGAGCGAGCUGUGACCUCAGACGGGCGCUAUGUCUUCCCCGAGCAGCUGUCCCAAGAGGAGCGGCUCAGCCUGGCAGACCCCGAGUGGAGCGAUGUCCACGUGGUGACCGGUGCCCUCAAGCUCUUCUUCCGGGAGCUGCCCGAGCCCUUAGUGCCCUACGGGCUCUUUGACUCCUUCAUUGAAGCUGUCAAGCUGCCGGACCCCCAGGAGCAGGUGGAGCGGGUGGCUGAGCUGGUGCAGAGCCUGCCCCCCCCUAACUAUGCCACCCUCCGCUACCUCCUGGCUCACCUCUGCCGGGUGAUGGAGCGGGUAGACGUCAACCGCAUGACGCGCCAGAACAUCGGCAUCGUGUUCGGGCCAACGCUGCUGCGGCCGGAGCGGGAGCCGGGCAGCCUGGCAGCGGGCAUGGCCCAGCAGAACCAGGCUGUGGAACUGCUGCUGGCACACUUUGACCGCAUCUUCCCCGCGCCCCCCUGAGCCUGCCCCCCUCUCCCCCCCCCCUCCCCCCCCGGCGAAGUCAGGCGUUCUGGCUGCCGGUGCCGCUUCCUACCCGCCCCCCGCCGAAGUCCUCUGUGCCCCGUGUACCUUUCACUCUGCAGUAAACAGGCGCCUUCCCUGAGACCGGCAGCACCUCCUGCUCCCAGCAGGGCUGGGGGGGUCUGAGCGCUGAGAGCCACCCACCUCCCGCCCCAGGGAACAUCGUCAUCCAGGCACAUGGCAGCCCCCUUCCCUCUGCCCCCCGCCGUGCCCGUACACCUCCCCAAGGCCGUUACGCUUCUGAUUUAUUUCCACCAUUCAUUAAAUACAUAUCUGUUGCCAUCAGACACACACACACACCCCCCAGGAAAGGCCCCCACCACAACCAGUGUCAGGGCAGGAUCUGU